GGCCGCCCUCACAGGUCCUUAAAGGGACCCCGAGAGCGCCCUGCCCCAUCUUGUUCAGCAGCCCGGCCCGGCGGCGGUACUGGACAGAUAACCACCUGAAACAAGCAAUGAAGAAGAAGCCCCAGCAGAAACCACCACCGAAAACAAGGAUGACACCCCCGAGCACUCCUAGUCCAGGGUCUAAUUUUUCUAGCUCCAGGACUAGAUCGCUGUCCCCUUUUAGCAGGCCUGGAACUCCUGCAACUUAUACCAGAGAGCAAUGGAGUCAGCAACUGGAUGUGACAGGAGAAAGUGAUGUUUCCUUUGACAUCCAAGAGAGUAAAGAAGAUGAUUCUAAUCCAGGAAUUAGAUACAUUACAGAAUCCCUUAUCAAGAAACUUACCAAACAGGAAAAUUUGGCCUUCGUAAACUCUUUGAAUCUUUCAUUGUAUAAAGAUGGUGGCAAGAAAUUUAAGUAUAUAGAAAACUUGGAAAAUUGUUCAAAACUUGAGGUACUGAAUCUCAGCGAUAACCUAAUAGGGAAGAUUGAGAAGCUUGACAAACUGUUAAAAUUACGUGACCUCAAUCUAUCAUAUAACAAAAUCAGUAAAAUUGAAGGCAUAGAAAACAUGCAGAACUUAGAAAAACUGAACCUUGCGGGAAAUUAUAUUGAACAUAUUCCACUGUGGCUAGGGAAGAAGUUACGAUCCUUACAGGUUCUCAAUCUGAAAAGCAACAAAAUAUCGUCGCUGCAAGAUGUUGCCAGAUUGAAAGCACUGAAAGAUUUGACUUCCUUAUUCCUUGCUGACAACCCAAUUGCAAAUCUUCCUCAGUACCGUCUGUAUACCAUAUUUCACCUCAGAUCGUUGGAGAGCUUGGAGGGUCAGCCAGUGACCAAUCAGGACAGGCAGCAGGCUUUUGAGAGGUUCAAUUUAGAAGAGAUAGAAAAACUCGAGCAAGAUUUGGAAAAGAAAGUGAAGGAGACAGAAGAGCUUAAGAAGAAGCAAUCCAAAUACCUUGAAGAAAUUCACCACCAAGAUGAGGUGAAUAAGUCAUUACAAGAGGAGGCUGCGCAACAUAAACAGAACUUCAGUGAGCUUCAGAGUGACUUAAGCACCAAAAAUGAAUUGCUAAAACAGAAGACAAUGGAACUAACACGAGCCUGUCAGAAGCAAUACGAACUGGAGCAAGAAUUGGCUUUUUAUAAAAUCGAUGCCAAAUUUGAACCACUGAACUAUUGUCCAUCAGAGAGUAUUGAACUUGACGACGUCCCAGGUGAGAGCCCCUACAUUGGUAAAUCCAGGUACAAGAGGAAUAUGUUUACAAAAGAAAGUUAUAUUGCCCAUCAUGCCCAAGCAGUUCAAAUUAAGAACAUGGGGGGAAAUGAGCACCAGAGGAAACAGCAGAUUACAAGGGAAGUUAAGGAAGCUCUCGAUAUCCAACUGGAGGACAAAGAAAAAGGCAUUCAAGCAGCCCAAGGCGAAUUAACAGAGUUGCAUAAUGACAUGGAAAAGGCAGAGCAACGCAUCCUAAAAGCAACAGAAGAGUUUAAGCAACUGGAAGAUGCUGUAACCCAAAGAAGAAUUACAGAAGCAGAGAAAGAAAGGCUUUGCCAGCAUUUAAAUGGCAGGAUAUCACUCCUGAAUCAGUUACGUCAGGAAGCUCAGGAUCUUGAAAACCAGAUGGAAAAGCAAAGAAGAGAGAUGGCAAAAAAGCAGAAGGAAGUUGCAGACCUACAAAGAGUCAUUGAUGCUAUAGAUCCCAAAGAUCCAAGACAUAUUCACAUGAAAGCUCAGAAAACAAGCAAAGAACAGCAUCUUAACUUGAUGGACAAGCACUACAAACAGCUUGAAAGUCGCCUGGAUGAAAUUCUUUCAAGGAUUGCUAAAGAAACUGAGGAAAUUAAGGACCUGGAGCAACAGCUUACUGAAGGUCAGAUAGCAGCAAAUGAAGCAUUGAAGAAGGAUUUGGAAGGUAUUAUCACUGGUUUGCAGGAAUACCUGGAGAGCAUGAAAAAUCAGGCCAAACACGCUCAGGAUGAAUGUGAAAAACUACGGACUGAUAAAGAGACUUUGCUUCAAAGGUUGACUGAACUUGAGGAUGAGAAAAACCAACUGGAAAUAGUUGCAAUGGAUGCAGAAAACGUGAGAAAAGAACUCACUGAGCUGGAAUGUGCACUUCAAGAGCAGCAAGAAGUAAAUCUAUCCCUGAGGCAGGCCCAAGGAGAUCGUAGGGCUUAUGAGGCUGAGUUGGAGGCUCAUCUCAAAACAAUGAACUCCGAAGCCAACCAGCACAAAGAAGAGUUGGACAAGCUCAAAAGACAGAGUCAGCUGGAGAGCUCAGCUCUUCAAGCUGAACUAGAAAAAGAAAGGCAAGCCCUGGAGAUUGCUCUGGCCCGAGCUCAGUUAUCAGAAGAGAAGGAAGAGGAAAAUAAUAAGUUGUCCUCGCAACUACAACAAUUGCAGGGUGACAAUAACUUCUUGAAACAACAGCUUAAAGACUUCCAAAAUCAGCUCAGUCAUGUAGCCGAUGGCUUGAUUCACCCAGAAGAAGCUGCAGCUCGAGUGGGUGAAUUGAGGAGAAAAUUGAAGGCUGGAGUUGGUGAGAUUAGAACCCGAAAUCCUUCUGACAUUUUGGGAAAGAGCCUUGCAGAUUUACAGAAGCAGUUCAAUGAAAUCCUGACUCGAUCUCAGUGGGAAAAAGAAGAAGCCCAAGAUAGACAGAGAAAACUCCAAGAGGAGAUGGCGUUGCAGCAAGAGCAACUGGCGGAUGGGCAAGAGGCAUAUAGGAAGGCCUGCAACAGAGCUGCGGAAGCCAGGAUUCAAUCAGAUAAAAGGCAGCAUGAUGCUAGAGUUCGGCAACUAGAGAAUGAAAUCCAACACUUGCAGGAAAACCUAAAGAGUAUGGAAGAAAUCCAGGGUCUCACAGAUCAGCAGCUUCAGGAAGCUGAUGAGGAGAAAGAGCGGAUUCUUAUGCAGCUGGAAGAUUUAGAAAAUAAGAAAAAGCUAGAAGAUGCCAAGGCCCAAAAGCAGUUUCUUGGUCUGGAUAAAGAGCUGAAGGACUUAAAGAAAGCAAUGGCUGCUUCUGAUAAACUAGCAACUGCUGAGCUCACUGUUGCCAAAGAUCAGCUCAAGUCACUUCACGGAACAGUUCUCAAGAUGAACCAGGAGCGAGCCGAGCAAUUGCAGGAGACUGAAAAGUUCAGUAGGCAGGCAGCCCGGGCAGCCCAAGAUCUUACCAGAGCAGAAGCAGAGAUAGACCUGCUGCAAAGUCUGCUAAAGGAAAAAGAAGAGCAGUUUCAAGUUGAGCUGGAGAAAGAUGCUUGUACAAUUGUGUCCAACUCCCACAUGCUGGAUAUUGAUCAGUUAAAUCAGACCAUGAAAAGACAAAGGGCAGAGAUUGAAAGACUAAGGGAUGUACUGGACCACACAAGGUCAGAUACCAAAGGAGGAAUAGAGAAUUUAUUGGAUGAAAUUGCAACCCUCCGAAGUGUCCUUUCUCACCAGAGUGAUUAUAUCACCAGCAUAGCAGAUCCUUUCAGAAGAAGAGGAUAUUGGUACUUUAUGCCACCAUCGUCAUCAUCUAAAGUUUCCAGUCCCAGUUCACACAGUACCAAAGAUUCUGGAGUUGGGUUGAAGUGCACAGCCUCCAACCCUGCUAGAGAAGAGCCUGCUCGGGGCAGGCAAAAGAAAACCACAAGGCCCCUUCCUGCAGAAGGAUGUUGGAUUUAUUCGCCAGUCAGAAAAGGACUACAGAGAUCUCAUUUUAAUAGAGAUGGAGGCAGCGGAGAAGAUAGCGGGGCAGAGAGCGAAUUGGACGUUCCGGCCGAGCCUCUCUUUAUGCCUCCUCCUGGUUCCGUUAUUUAUACCGUCCUUCCAGAUGGGGCCCCUGUCCCCCAGGGAACUGUAAUCUACGGUCCUCCUCCUCCUCCUGUGCCAGCCAGCGGCAGACCACAUGCCCCAGGAACUGUUAUUUAUGGACCUCCUCCCGCUGGGGCCCACCUCGUUUACGGCCCUCCCCCACCCAACUUUUCCGUCCCUCUCAUCCCGGUGGGAGUGCUUCACUGCAAUGUUCCUGAACAUCAUAACUUGGAGAAUGAGAUUUCUAGACUGGAAGACCUUGUGCAUCAUUUAAAGUCUCAGAGAAAGACAGAUAAAUGGGCAAGAGUGUCUAAGAAGGAGGAGCAGUCGAUUAAAGGAAUGGAAGAGCUCCAUCAACACAUUGAAGAUCUCUUGCAUGAAAGAGAAGAGUUAGAGUACGAAGUAGCAAACUUGCAUAAGAGAAUCCAAAAACAGAACAAGCGCAAGGAUUUUAUUGAAGGACACAUGGACGGUCUUGUUAAAGAACUAAAAAUAGAAAAUUCCCUGCAACAUCACGAAGACAUUGUAGAUGAAAUUGAAUGCAUUGAAAAGACUCUCCUGAAGCGCCGAGCUGAACUCAGGGAAGCAGAUCGACUUCUGGCUGAGGCUGAAAAUGAACUUGCCCGCUCACGAGAGAAAACCAAAGAAACGAUUCAGAAGUACAGUGAAGCCAAGAGGCGUUUGUCACGAACUGAAACAGAUGCUGAGGAAUUAGAGAGAAGAGCUCAGGAGACUGCUGUUCAGCUGGUGAAAGCAGAUCAGCAGUUAAGAUUGCUCCAGGCAGAUGCGAGCGAUUUAGAACAGCACAAGCUUGAACAAGAAGGAAUCUUGAAGGAAAUCAACAAACUAGUGUCUGCAAGAGAUUCAGAAUUCCAAUCUUUGGGCCAGAAGAUAGGAAAACUAACAGACGGGCUUCAGAAAUUGCACAGUGACAUAGAAAUUGCUGAAGGGAGUGAGGAGCAUCAUCUCCAGAUCCUUAAAGAAUCUGACCAUCUCCUCCAAGACAAAAAAGUGGAGCUGGAAAGGUUGAAAAAUAAGAAAGCAGCUCUGCAGCAGCAGGACAGGACCUUGGGCAGGCAACUGGGAGAGAAAAAGGAGGAACUGCGUCUGCUCCAGGAGAGCCUGAUGCAGACAAAAACAAACCUCCAGGAAGCCCUCCAACUGGGAGAAACUGAAGUGGCUGAAAAGAGAAAACAUAUCAGAGAAGUGAAAUCACUGCUGGAAGAACUGUGUGCUCAGAAAGGAGAACUGAAUGUGCAGAUGAGUGAAAAGAAAAGACAGUUUUCGCUCUUAAAACAGGAAGUUGGAAAAGAGGAGGUAAAUCUUCAGGUUGUAAUACAGCAAAUAACUAAGCAUAAAACAGAACUGAAGCAUGUUCUGGAAAUGUUGCAACUUGAAAGCAAUGAGCUGCAAAGUCUGAAGCUCCAGCAUGACCAGAAGGUUAAUGAACUCGAGAAGAUUCAAGUUGAAGCGCUGGAGGAGAAACUCCAGUUAGAAAAUCUUCAGCGGGCAACACAACAACAGCGGGGAGAAAUGGAGUGGCAGAAAAGACUUCUGGAAAAGGAUCAACAAGAAAUAGAACGUCUGUCAACACAGAUUCAUACCCUACAAGACAGUAUUGAAAGUUUGAACAAGGAAAAUCAACAUCUUCAGGAAAAUUGUGACAGUCUGGAGAAUAAAUUGGUAGAGACUAAAAGGAUUUUAACAGAUACUGAAGGUAGUAGCAAAACAGCCCAGUCCAAUGUAGAAAAGAUGGAAAUGGCUAUUAGCAAACUGCAGCGAGAAGUAGACCAGCUGAACCAAGACAAACUAUCUUUGCAUAAGGACAUUAAAGCAAUGCAGCAACAUCUGCAAGAAAAAAAGGAAGAACUCUUCACCCUAAAAGAUGAACUCACCAGUGUCCAAGAUCAGCUGAAGCUGGUAGAAGAGGAUCUGAAACACUCCUCGCACCGGCACAACGAAUUGCUUGAUGAACAAGAAAGCCUGAAAGAUGGGAUCAGCCAACAUUUGAAGAAGUUUCAAGAUUGCCAGGAGAAAGGGGAAAAGAAGAUGCAUCAACUGCAAGUCCUUCAGACGGAGAUUGAAGAGCGGAAAGUAGAAUUGGCUCACCAGAAGACGAUGCUUCAGCAAAUCCAGAAAGCCAGAGAAGAUGAAGAAGGAAAAUUAGAAGCUUGUAAAACAAAGCUGAAGGAGCAGAAACACUUACUGGAUUGGGAGCUGAUGGACCAGAAAAAUAAACUGGAGCAGGUGGUUGCCAAGGUAGCACUGGCAGAAGAGAGGGUCAAGACCUUACAGGAGGAAGAAAAAUGGUGUGCAGCCCUGGAGGAAAACCUGACCAGAACCAGACGUCAACUUUCAGAAAGCGAACAACAAUUACAAGAAAAAACAAGUGAGCUGAUAGCUCUUCAGAAAGAAAUGGACUGCUCAAAGGUAGAUAUAAAUCGACUUCAAGACCAGAUCCUAUCAGAAAGAAGGAAAGCAGAAAAACAAAUUGCAGGCCUGAAAGAAGCAAUUCAAAGGCAGAGAAACCAACUAGAGAAAACACUUCUUGAACAAAAGCGGGCAAACAGCUGCCUGCAGAAGGAAGUGGCCACAAUAGAGCGAACUUCCCCGGAUAACCACGAGCAAACCAGACGCCGGAUAAUGGAGCUCAGCCAGAUACAGCAAGAUUACCUAGAUUUCAGAAAGCAGAUAAAAAAUCAAGAGGAUUUGGAGAGAAGACAAAAGGAAAUUAAAGAUACAAUGAAAAUGCUAAAAUGGGAAGUGAACGAUGAAAUCAGAACUAGCCUUAAGGACUUCAACCAAUCUCUCCCCAAACCGUUAGAAGAUGGGGAGGCUGUUUUUCAGGGAAAUAAAAGCUCCCCAUCUGAAUUGGAAAGUUGGAAAGAGAACUUCCCAGUUUCAGCAAAUGAAGAACUGCCUUUUGAAGAAAAGCUAAACCUAUCCCAAGUCCACAUAAUGGAUGAACACUGGCGUGGAGAAGCACUGAGAGAGAAAUGGCGUCACCGUGAAGAUCGACUCAAGGCUCAACUCCGAUGCUGCAUGUCCAAGCAAGCGGAAGUGUUGCUCAGAGGCAAGCAGCGGACGGAGGGCACGCUGCACAGCCUGAGGAGACAAGUGGAUGCGUUAGACGAACUGGUCUGCAGUACCGCCACAGGUUCAUUUCCGUCCCCAAAUUCGACCCAACUGGAGUCUUUGCUCAGUGAAGAGCCCCGUCGUACGGACCGCCAGACCGUCUUCCAGAAAGUUCUCAAGAGACCAGGAGGAGGGUCAGUGUAACCGAAUCCAUCAACAAAUUGUAAUAGUUCAGCCAGGAGAAAAGCAACGUACUAUGGGGCACCACAGACUUCUUGGUGUUUAAUACCCCAGUCUACGGGGGGAAAUACGCCCAAGAAGGUACCUGAAGUUUCUACUACCUCAACAGCUCACAAAUCCGAGUGGAUUUACCAGAUUCUGUUCUCAACCUAGUCCAGGUACCUACUUUGGGUCGUCCGGCCCGGUACUGGGCUCUAACACGGUUUAACGUUUACACCAACAGGGUAACUAAUUUGUAUUGUGCAGAAAACAUGAUUGUAUUAUGAGACUCGUUCUAAAAAGUUCAAUGGAGCGCCACAGUUUGCAGUACAGGUUUGAGUGGCUACUGUUUUGCACAUUUGAAAUAAGUUUUUCUAUAGUUAAGCACACGGUGACGUCUCUAUUUUAGAGGCAAAGAAUGGGGCUUAAAUUCCUCCAAGUUACUAAAGUUUUUACAUGUUGAGUUUGAAACAAAAUAUUUUCAUAAAAAAAUAAAAGAUUUAACAAA